UAGAGUUAGUGGCUGGAAAAAAGAGGGGGGGGGGGAAACAGUGAUGAGCUGUUAUCAAGUUUCAAUGAUAACAGGAAACACGGCUUCUUCUCUGCUGUCUCUCCGUCAUCUCUAUUUCAUAUUUUAUCUCAGAUUACCAUUAAAAUUCUCUUAGUUUCAGCAGUUCAACCUUCUCCUUCUCCUAUUGCUUGAACUUGAACCUGAACCAAAAAACAGAUAAACAAAAGCUGCUGCAAGAUUAAACAAGUUGAUGGGGACAAAUAAGUUGUUGUAUCGGUUUUCCGUGUUCUUCUUUCUGCUGGGUUUCUCUGCUUCCACUUCGAUUUCAGAUGGUGUUUUCAGCUCUUUCACUUCUACCGGAAGGAAUCUCCUUCAGGCCAAGAAAGCUUGUCCUGUUAACUUCGAGUUUCUGAACUACACAAUUAUCACAAGCAGAUGCAAAGGACCCAAGUUUGCACCUCAAAGCUGUUGUUCAGCCUUCAAGGAUUUUGCUUGUCCCUAUGCUGAACAGAUCAAUUACUUGACAACCGAUUGCGCUUCGACGAUGUUCAGCUACAUUAAUCUUUACGGGAAAUACCCGCCCGGCCUUUUUGCUAGCGAGUGUCGUGAAGGCAAGUUAGGGCUGGCUUGCCCUGCAUUGCCACCAUCCGCAUCAGAGAACUCCAGCGGUAGUCGGCAGCUGAUUAGUAAUCCAUCGAUGCUGGUAGUGGCCGCAACUAUAGCCGCUGCCAUGUUGUUAUGAAAGCCCGGAGAAAAAAUCCCAAUCAUUCCAUUUGUUGAUACAUGCAUAUGUUCCCACUUCUGACAUUGGGAAUAAGAGUUACAGUGUUCUCAUUACAUCAGGUUUGUUCUUCUCGCAUGCUUUUAUUUUUAUUUUCGAUUUGUUUUGUAGACAGACAUUCCAGUUACAGAUUUAAGUUA